GAAGGGUCUGAAGUGGUGCUGGGUGAAGUGGAUGUGUCCGAGCGGCGACAUCUUUCCUGUGCUGGGUGUUUGAAGCACUUUGUGUGUGGUGGUGAAGUGAAGUGAGAGAUGAGAGCUGCUGGUCAGUAAAGAAGAUAGAACUUGCUUUUGGCGGCCUGACUUCUUGUUUGCGCCGCUUAAAUCAGGGGUUUUAAAUCGGAAAAACGUCGGAUUGCACGGAAACUUUAUUUGAUCGUAUCGAAAGUGGGAGAAAAGUGAUUUUGAAGUCCGAACAUGGAACUACAAGGCCUGCAAGAGGCGUUGAAAGUGGAGAUCCAAUGUCAUCAGGGAGGAGAACUGGCUGGGCAGCUGCAUGAACAACGAUUGGCUGUUACUGCCUUAUCAUCACAACAAAAGCAAAAGCUGGCUGUAAGAAGUUGUCCUGUGGGGACGCCGGCCAAGCCGCUCUCCCUCAUCAAGCCUCCCAGCCAGAGCAUCGCCAUCUCAGUGGUGCCGGCCAAGGCGCCCGUUUCCAUGGUGACCGCACACAUUAACGGACAAAAGGCAGUGGGCUCGGAGACGCUGCAGACGUCCCCCAUCAACCUGCAAACAGCCAACCGAGCGCACAGAACGGGGGAGCUGUGCCACUCACAGAUGCUGGGAACGCUUACAGCAGUGCCCAUUAAGGUGCCUCAGGUCAGCUCUCUGCAUCGGCUGGCAGGGCAAUCGCCCACUGUGCUACCUCAGGUUAGGCCAAAGACUCUGAUUCCGGAGAGCCUUCUUCACAGUCCGUGCCAGGAGCAGCAGUCCAGCCAGCCCUUAAGCCUGACCCGUGGUACCGCCGUGGUCAGUCCAAGGAGCACCUUCAGUCCCGAGAGGGUGCCUAGCAGCAAGGGAGAGAUCACGUCCCCUCCCCUGCCCAUACCCACCAUCUCCCGAGCCACAGCCAGCCCCGGGGUCGCCUACGCCAUCAUCUCUGCCACCUCACCUGCUGCCAACAGAGUCGCCGCCAUGGGCGAGGCAGUAAAACUGCGGCCACUGAUCUUCAGCCCAGACAGCAAGGUAAUAAUAAUCCAGCCACAAAUCCCCAGCAGUUCUCAGGCCUCUCCGAUCCCCCAGGCUGAAGUUCCCUCUCAGGACGUCAAUCCUGCCCCAGCCUCCCCACACAAACCCAAGAAAAAGGAGGAAGAUCCAGAGAAAAUUGCCUUCAUGGUUGCCCUCGGCCUUGUAACUACAGAACACCUGGAAGAAAUCCAAACCAAAAGACAGGAGAGGAAAAGAAGGAGUACAGCUAACCCUGCGUACAGCAGCCUGUUUGAUCCUGAGCGUAAAAGACUGGCAUCAAAUUAUCUGAAUAACCCGCUCUUCCUGUCAGCAAGAGACUCUGAGGAACUAUGCUGGAAGGAAGAGCUGGAGCAUGAUGACCACUGUGCUGUCUGUAAAGAGGACGGAAAUCUUCAGCUGUGCCAUACCUGCCCCCGCGCCUAUCACCCCGACUGCUUACACCCUCCACUCAAAUCCCCAGCCAAGGGUGCAUGGAUGUGCCCCAAGUGCCAGAAAAAGGUUCUCAAUAAAGAAAACUUGUCUUGGCCACAUAACUUUGUCCAGUCUUAUGUUACACACAAAACAGUGAGAGAGGAGGAGAAGAGAAGACUGAUGAGGAGACACAGUGAGCUGAAAAAAGAAUGCUCUCAUCUGAAAGAAGAAGAUGAAAGACUUAGCAAGUCGCUCUCGAAAUGCAGGGAAGCGAAGGAGCGUCUGCUGAGCCAGCAGCGGGACACCCAGGCAUCUCUGGAGCGUCUCCGGGCCCUGAUUCGCCUCAUCCAGCGUGAUCACAUGAUCCAGGUCACCAUGACGGCCACCACCACCACUACGGGAGGAGCCGCACUGCUCUCUCUGCCCUGGAUCAAACCCAGCGCUACCAGCAGCCCGAGCAGCACUGUCGCAGCACCCCCGUCUGCUCCCUCUGUGCACCUACACAAGAGCAUGCUGCACACCCAGGGCAACAACUGAGCCAGCGCAGGCAAAAAAAAAAAACACUCAACACCACCAACACACGUGCAUUUAUUUAACCACGCAGCUCUUCCAGAGCUCACGAAG